AUUUGAUACAAUUCUCACAUGCCGUCUCCUCGUCGGUAUGAGAUUUACACCGUAAAUUAUUUACGGCCUCAGUAAACUAGGUAAACUUAAAUUUCAGAAUAAUAAAUAAACCAUCACUGCCAGUGAUUGCAUAAUAUUGUGUAUUCACGAGGUGUACUUUUACGUACUUUCUCACGUUACUAAUUUGAAAAUAACGAAGACUAACAUGAGUAAUAAAAAAGUCCCUUUACAUGUUCACGUCGAAGCCUUGUUAAAUGAGGCGUCACAACAAAUGCCUGUCGGAUUGAAUUUAGAAUGGGAACAUUAUUGCAAGUUGGAAGGGCUCAUUGCUAAAAUCAAGGAACGCGAGGCAUAUCGAGAUGGCAAUUUAAACAACUCUUCCAGCAUCGACGAUGUCAAACAGCUCAUGAUUGCAGACAAUGAGCGGAGAAAGGAAAGGUUUCCAACUUUCUUCGAAUGGCUUCACUUAAAUGACAUCAAUCCGGACAAGGUGGAAAUUUCCUACAAUGAUGCUCAAGGUUUCGGACUGAAAACAAAGGUUCCACUCGACACUAAUGAUGUGGUUUUCGACAUCCCACGAAAGGCUAUUAUUACAUCUGCAGUGGCGAGAGAAUCUAAACUGAAAAUUCUAAUCGACAAAGAUCCACUGCUUAGUGUAAUGCAAAACGUGUUGUUGGCGGUGUAUCUAGUGUAUGAACGUUUUUCAAAUCCAAACUCGCACUGGAAAGCUUAUAUUGAUAUCCUGCCCAGAAUGUUUGACACUGUAGUAUACUUUACAAAGGAGGAAAUGACUGUAUUAAAACAUUCUCCGUGCGCUUUUCGCGAAGCUUUGAGAAUGCUUAGGAACGUGGCUCGACAAUAUGCUUACUUUCACAUCAAAUUUCGAAAAUCAACGGAUUCUGCUAGCAGAGCUUUGAAACCUGUCUUUACGUACAAUCGUUACAUUUGGGGAGUAUCAGCCGUAACAACUAGGAUUAACCAUCUGCCAAGCCCCACCGGAGAACCAAUACUUAGCCUAAUUCCCUUGUGGGACUUGUGCAACCACGAAGAAAGUGAACAGAUAUGCACGGAUUACAAUGAAGAUAAACAAACCCUCAUAUGUUAUGCUGGGCAUGAGUAUAAAACUAAUUCGGACUUUAAUAUAUUUUACGGAAAACGAUCUUCGGUAGACUUUUUAGUUCAUAAUGGAUUUGUUCCACCUAAUUAUCGACACGACAGCUACUCUCUCGAGCUAGGCGUGGGAGUUAAUGAUCCCAACUACAGUAGAAAAAAGACCAUUCUUGCCAAGCUUGGAUUGGAGUGUCAAAAUACUUUUGCUGUCAAACCAGAUCAGUUAGCAACGGCGACAAAAUUGUUCGCUUUCAUACGAGUCUUCCAAGCUGAUGAAGGUGCUUUAACAGAAAUUGAAGAGGGAAUCGAUAAUUUGUCGUCUCUUGGACAACCAACCAAGGCCUGCUGGAAAUACUUGGCCAUGCGUUUUACCCUAUUGAGAAAAGCUACAGAAAAUUCUUUGGCCUCGACCCUUAAGACUUUGUAUGGCGACAACUCGACAGACUUGCCCAGAGUCACAAUGAUUCUACUCCAACUGCUGAAGAAUGAACAAAAGGUACUCGAAAUGCUGGCCCAUUGUGCAGAAAGCCUUGUCGUCUGCACUCCGAUGUCGGCGAUGACCAUACAAGAAAAUUCUAAGGAAGCUAUGGAUUCGAAAUAACCACCACAUAGUGCACGCUGCAACAAUGCAAGAAUAUUAUAGUUAAGCAUAAUUCCAGUAUGCAUAUAUUAUUUGUUCAUAUUCUUCCUUACACAAUUUGUUUUGUUCAAUGUAUUUCAUUCAACAAAUCAGUAUCAAGUUACCAUUUAAACGACUGUUCCCAGUUUAUCACUGAUCAAUUUAAAUACUUUCAAAAAAAAUUAAUUGCAUCAUUACUAUACUUUCUAUGCAUACUUUCUAUGUAUUAGUAUUUAUUUAUGAGUAUGCGCUCGAAAGCAAUCAAUUACCUCAACUCAAUAUCGAUCAAACGCAAACGUAUCUUAUGUCGGUAGGUAGUUAAGUUAUGCAAUUUGUGAAAUUAGUCAGUACAUAAUGAAGUACGGAGGAGUCUACUUAGUUAUUAGUUGUAUUUCAUCGUUAAUUUUUUUGCUAAUAAUAUUGUAUCAUUUGUAGUAAGGUAUGUGCCCAAAUUAAUUGACUGCAUUAGAGCUGAAAUCUCAUGGAAAUAAAUUAUCUACUUAUCCACUAUAAAA